AUGUUCGUCACCGCCGCCACCACCACCUACAUCAACUCAGGAACCACAGACAUCUUCCGCUCAACCAUGAUUCGGAUAACUGCCUUCCUCGCACUGCUUGUGGCUGUUUGCUCAGGAGAGAGCUGCACGGACCCUGUGAUCACUCCAUCGGCCUACACCACAUCAGACGCAGUCAUCUCCUCAGAGUCUGUCUUCAUCGUUGAAUUGAGCCUCAGCUGUGCCAAUGGCGCACAGAGUGUGACCCUGUAUGCAGAUGUGAAUGGUAGACAGUUCCCUGUGACACGAGGCCAGGACGUGGGUAAAUACCAGGUUUCAUGGAGCAUGCCUCAUAAACAGGCUGCCUCUGGGACUUAUCCAGUCAAAUUCUUUGAUGAAGAAUCGUACAGUGCUCUGCGCAAGGCACAAAGAAAUAAUGAAGAUGUGACUGCAAUCCAGCCUCUAUUCUCCGUCAACAUUGACCACCGGGGUGCCUGGAAUGGCCCAUGGGUCUCAACUGAAGUGGUGGCAGCACUUAUUGGCAUCUUGGUCUAUUACUUGGCUUUCAGUGCAAAGAGCACAAUCCAGGCAUAA